AUGGCUGAGGCAAGGCUGCAGGAGGAGGCUGGGGGAAGCAGCACCUCCCUUGGGGGUGUUUCAGCCUCUGACCUCUUUGCCUGCCCCCACAAGGAGUGCGGUGCUGUGUUCGGCAAGGAGAGGAGGUUACAGAAGCAUCUUGCUGUGCAUGUGGGGGAGACGGCUCCGCUGAGUGACCAGGCUGGCCGUGGCAAGAGAUUCCGCCACAGAAGCUCUCGGCAGAUGCCCAAGCAGCAGCAGGGUGAUGCCAGGCUGAACAGCCGCUUGGAUGUGGACUGCAAAUCUGCCUUUGUGCCCAAGAACCACUUGCCAAAGCACUGCAGGGCCCAGCAUGGUGCGGCGAAGUCCUUCCAGUGCACCUACCAAGGCUGUGAGAGCACCUUCAGGAAAAAGAAGGCCCUCCGGGCCCAUUUGACUGAGCAUACCACGGUGCUGCCGUUUGUGUGCCAGGAGCCCGGCUGCACCAUGAAGUUUGCCAGCGCUGCCAAGAGGAAAGCUCACCAGAGGAAACAUGCCGGAUACCUGUGCCCCAAGCUGGACUGCGGGACUGUCUUGUCCACCUGGACAGCACAUCAGGAACACCUGAAGCAGCAUCCUGUGGAGUACAAGUGCCAGCUGUGCCCAAAGAUCUUCAAGAAGCCGGGCGGCCUGCGGCGGCACAAGUCCUUCCACAGCCGGCAGAAGCGGGCGCUGCCGAAGCCGACGUGGGCGUGCCCCAAAGCUGACUGCCAGGUCUCUUUCACCACCAUCUUCAACUUGGAGAGUCACAUCCGGAAGGUGCAUCUGCAGCUGCUGAAGUAUCGUUGCUACUUCGCUGGCUGUGAGAAGGCCUUUGCCAUGCGGGAGAGUCUAAUCCGGCACCUGACGGUCCAUGACCCUACAAAGAAAAAACUGAAGCCGCAGCGCUGCCGGCCCAGCAGGAAGAGCCGGCGGCGGGUGCUGGUGGAGGAGAACCUGCACCAGCUCUUCAGCCAGAAGCUCUAUGUGCGACUCAAGCGCAGCCGCUCGGGCUUCCCGGCGGGGGAGGACAGCCCCGGGCGCCUGGGCCACACGCUCCUCCUGCGGGUCAAGGCCAAGCUGGAGAGCGACCUGUCGGGGCUCUUCAACGAGCGCCCCGGCCGCCAUGCUGUGGAGCCCGAGGUGAACCUCAGUGCCCUCUUCCGGCUGCCCCCGACCACCAGGCCGCAGGAGGUGGCCUAGAGCCAACGUCCCGCCCAGGGAGUUGCUGCCCGGCACUGAGCGGGGGGGGCCUGGAGCUCAAAG